GGAGCGGGGAUAGGUCGUAUGGCGCCCGGGUUGCCGGGCGGGUGCGGAAUAGCAAGCGUCUUGAAUUUACACGAUUAAAAUUUUCCGUCUACACUAGUGCAAACGCAAAUAAUCUUGCGAGUGAAUUACUAGGUAUAGAAUCUGUUUUAUUCUACAAAAAGUUUUAGAUCGAAGGACCGAUUUUUUUCCGCGAUAAUAGUUAGUCGAUUUUGUAAAACAAGAGCUAAACGUCAAACGUCGCGUUGGUUUUUCGUAACGUUAUUUUAAAUAGAAUAUUUGAAGGUUGGAAAUACAUGGAAAUGUAUGAAUAAGGCAAAGAGCGUGAGAUCGUUAGAGUUGGCAAACGCUGAUACUCCGGAAUAUAUGUAAUAAUAACAUACUAAAAUAAUAAAGCCUAGUUUAAAAAUUCGUUCAGGACUUGAAUUCUUGGAAGCGUGGGUAAAUGAAAGCGAGCAGUGAAGUAUCUGCUGAAGAAACAGCAGGAGGCAGGAGGGCAGUGUAAAAGUGUGUGGAGUGUGUGAUGUUGAUAUUCGGGCGGCGCGUAGUGGUGAUGAGGGGUACUUUCAUCCGUUAAAGGAAAGUGAGAGGGGUGUAUUUGUAUAGUGUAGUUGGUGAGCAGUUGAGAAAAAUCAACGUCCUCGCGACCGGAUAUCUCCGUUUCAGUAAUAAUAUACACUCUCUAGGCGUUUAAACCAAAUUUUCGCUGUUUCGUUUCGCUAUGCUUAUUCCGAGGAUUAUCGGGAACAACCGCGCCUCAUCUCCUGUUCGCGCCGUUCCAGUGUCAUCCCCCGUCGCAAUACAGAAAGUCAGAGUCUACAAUUUUUGAGUCUCUGAACGUUCAUCACAUUGUUACAAAAAGGAAAUAGUGUGAGCGUGAACUGAAUUCAUUAUUCGAAGCAGUAACUUCGUAUAUGCGUAUGUACGAAACAUGGAUUGUUCAACGGUGUGUUGAAUUUAGCACCUGAGUAUUUGUGUGUGUGUGUCGAUAAACGGAAAUGGUGGGACGGUCUAUAUAUAUUUAAAUAUAUACAUAUAGACAGAUAAUGCGUUUCAACGCUGUUCCGACACCAUCAUCACUUACAUGUACGUCUACGCUCUCUACAGUCUCGCUUUUGUGUAGCCGGAAAGACACUUCAACAAACGACAUCUUCGUACCUCAUGAAAUCGGUCAAAAUUUAUUUUUUCAUCUCUGAACUACACAUGGACUUUUUAAUAACACGGGCACGUGUUUUGCUAAGCGACUCAUAAGAUUUCAAAUAUAAUCGACUAAGAGUAACUUUGUGAGAAUGAUGUCAGUGAAGCAAGAAGGAAAACGCUUGAGCGGAGAAAACAUGGCAACAGGACCAGUGAUACGAGUGGGGCCGAUAAUAAAUCCGACGACGAAUGAAACAAUAUCGAUAGUGAUCCCGUUAUCACCAUCAGGUCAAUUGUCAGGAUUGCCAAGUAGGAUAAUAACGGAACGUACGAUCUCGGGGAAGGACACGGUGGAGACUAGAAUUGAGGAAGUGACAGGAACGAUAAUCGAGGAAAGGGACAUGAAAGCGGAACGCGCGCGGGCGAUCGUGUCCCAACCUGAGCAACAAGAAUCGCUCAUUCUCGCAAUGUCCUCUCCGAAUGAACCGACAAAAACGAGAGAAAAGUCAGUUCCGUCGUUGUUAUCUUCGACCUCAUCUACGAGUUCCCAAAUUCGUGCUGAUAAAACGAAAGGAUGUCCUUUCCCAACGUGUUCACGUUACCGACGCGCUUUUUCACGAGCCCACGAUCUCAAACGUCACAUCGCUCGUCACGAAACCCGCAAAGAACGUCUCGUCGAAAACAGCAGAGACGACAUUCGCACGUGCUUUCAAUGUGGCGAGAGCUUCCUCAACGAAAUCAUCCUACAAAGGCAUGAACGCACCCACAACAAACAACAGGAGAAUGCGAACUUGCCUCUUGUUCUCUCCACGACACCCUCGUCAUCUGUCACUCCCGCUUCUCGUAAUCAUUGUUAUCCUUGCAAUGUCUGCAAAAAAAAAUACGCCAACGAGAACAAACUCAAGGAACAUCUCGUUACUCAUGACAAGACUUCGACCGGUAACUCGUGUUUGCUGUGUGGCUGCGAAUUCAACGACGCUGAAAAGCUGCAGAAUCACAUGAGGGAACACACAACAAAUAUGUUGCAAAGCCAACAGCACUUGACAACGAACGGAAUGUCAGUAGAAAACUCCCAAGGAAGUGGUGGGAUCAAGGUAGAGAGCGCAGGAGCGUUGAAGCAGGAACUUAAGUCGGAUGAGGUGGUGGAAGAGGACGAGGACGAAGAAUUUAUGUUGGAAGAGAUGUUGCUGUUGAAUAAGAAUCCCCGAUUGAUGCGGGCUUCGAUAGGUUCAUCGACUAGUACAAAUAAUGGAGCGUCGAUUGGUUCGGUGAUGGCGAGUUCUUCGUCGACUUCGGUGACGUCGUCUUCAAGUUCGUCCUCGCCGAACAUCGUUCCUAACGCGAACAAAAUCCGUUGCGAUUAUUGUUCCAAAACUUUUAAGACUAAAUGGACACUGAGCUCUCACGUAGCGGCGCACGAAGGACGUUUUCAGUUCGGUUGUACACGAUGCGGAAAAAAAUUCGUUCGCAAAAGCCAUUUCGAAGGACACGUGCGCUCCCACGAAGCUGCGAGGCCUUACGUCUGUGAGCAGUGCGGUAAAACCUUCAAGGAAUUGAAGCAUCGACGCGAACAUACCAAACGGAAACACCCAGGGAACCAGAAUGCCAUACAAAAUUUACUCGACAGCAUUAGCGCUUGUGUCUCAGAGGAAUCGUCGGUGGGCGAACAGGCCAAAUUUGCUCUCCUUAUGCCGAUGAAUUUUGGCGCGUAAUAAUACACGUCGAAUCAACAAAUUAGUCCAUUAUUAUUAUUAUUAUUAUUAUUAUUAUUAUUAUUAUUAUUAUUAUUAUUAUUAUUAUUAUUAUUAUUACCAUUAUUACGAUCAAUUGAAACUCAUUUUUAUACGUUUUUUGGAUUUUCUGCAUUUGAGAUGACAUGUAACACAGUUUUUAGUCGAUACGAAUGCGAGAGAAAACACAGUUUUUGCGUUUCCAAUUUUUCUCCUAAAUAAUAUAGAUUUAUUGUAAAAAUCAAAAGAACCUUUUCUUCUCUGACAAAAAAAAACGAACAGUUUGAUGCUCGCAGUGUAAUCGAUUUCGGAGAAAACUUGGCAGCAGCUUUUUCAUCGUGAUCCAACGUGUUUCCCACUUUAAUAUUGAUCAUUCUCUCGCGUGUUUUUUCGUUUGCCACGUUACUGUAUUUUCAGUCAUUUACAAUAAUUAUCCGAUUCUUCUAAUGCUCUUUGUAUAAUUCGCUAUUAUAUAUAUCGACAGAGAAACUAUCGCGUUCUCAAAACUUUUUCGAUGUGAGCUUACAUACUCAAUAAACAAAAAAAUAUAACUGCGUUAA